UACAAGUAAAAAGUAAAGUGUAAUAAAGCUACUCCUAAAAGUUAAUCUUUUUCCAAAAAGUUACUGGAGUAAAUGCAAAUAAGUAAAGACAACUAACAAAUGUGAAAAUACAUACAAGAGGGUUUUAACAGUUUCUUGCACACACCAAUAGUCACCUGAAUCACUGUCACCACGACAAGGUGAACCCAAUCAGGAAGUCUCACAUGCUGUGCUCUGCUGGUGAGGUAAUCAACGGUCCAGGCAGUGAGCUGACAAUCCAUAUCAGCUGUGUUAUGUUCAACUGUUUUGUUUAUAACAAAGUGAAAUAUGACAACAACAAAAAAAGAAAGGCAUUUGUAUACAUUUUUUUAGAUAACAUCUUUUUUAUCAAGGAAAGAAAAAACAAGGAAAAACAAUGGAACAGAACCCAGAAUACAAAAAAGUAUGUCAGGGGUGAACGUUUCGAUAGUAAAUAUAUUGAUAUGAAAACAAAAAAUAGAAACCAGAUAUUAUAGACAUGACUAAUUAAAAAUAUCCAGGGAUCUACCACAUUCAUAUGUGUUUACAGCUUUUAUUGUUCGUACUUUUGGAAGUACGAAGUAGAGUUCAAUUUCCAUAACCAAAAUGCUGCUACACUCACGAGCAGUAGGUGGCAGUAUGAACCUUAAAGAGAAGAAGAAGAAGAAGAAGAAGAAGAAGAAGAAGAACGCUCGCUCGCUCUGUCUCUCGCUCUCUCUGUCUCUUUAUUUUUUUAAUAUGGCUAAGGGCUGUGUCAGGAGCUUGGAAGUAGGGUCAGAGUGAAACAAAAAGUCAAUCCCUUUAAAUAAACACCGGGAACAAUGUGAACGACGAACUGUGCUUCAUUUACAUCGAAUCCGACGUAGUUUAACAUACUUUGUGUUACUAUGUGACAGCGAGCUUCAGAGAAGUUAUUUAAAACUACUAAAGACAGGUGAAUUUGAUCAUGUCUUCACCUAAGUUUAACGCUGGACUUGGAAAUUCUGCUACGUCAGCUAAUGUCGAGGCUGGACUCGUUUGCCUGGGAGUGAACAACCAGAGCUACAUCUGUGAAUCUGGCCACUGCUGUGGACAAGCAGAGUGCUGCAGUAACUUCUAUGAAUUGUGGUGGUUCUGGCUUGUAUGGGCCGUGAUUAUUAUCCUGACAGGCUUUUGCGUGUGUCAACACUGGCGGGCCAAGCAGCGUUUUCAGCAGGAGCGCCGGCAGAACGAGAUCAACCUCAUUGCCUAUAGGGAGGUUCACAACAACUCUCAGCUGCCCCUCUAUCUUCGACUUUUGCCUGUCUACCUGCUACCAGCCUAUGAAGAGACAGUCAACCGACCAGCUACCCCUCCACCUCCGUACACACCUCUCCAGUUGGUACCACCGUCCGGUGACCCUCCUGAGGAAGUCUACAGCCCCCACUCGGCCGUCUCCAUGCCGUGUGACGCUAAUGUAGCACUUAGUGGGACUCCAGAGACGACGCAGUUCUACUCCAGCAGUACCAACGGCCCUAACAAGGACUCAACAGCAGGCCGGUACCGGCGCUUCACUGGGGAUUCUGGGAUUGAAGUGUGUGAAGGCCAGGACCAUCCAUGGGAUCAGCAUGAGUUUUUUGACAGAGAAGAAACGUUAGAAGAGGAGGGCUUGAGGGGAAAGGAUGAGCCAGAUGGCUGUACUGAUCCCCAGACUCCUGAACAGGGUCUUGCUGGUGCACCUGCAGCUGAUGACACCCAAACAAAAUCUCCUGGGUGAUGAUGUCUGUCUUGUAGUUUUGGAAUGUUGCACCUUUUGUACCAAGACGUUGGCUCUUUCUGCAGACCUAUUUAUUCAGACUGUGGGUAUUUGGUUCAUUAACCUAAUAGUCUGAUAGCUUGAUUUGUACAUGGAUACUUGAAAAUGGUCACUCUUAGGUCUUAAUCCACAAGACUAUGUCUAUUAUGAACACAAUGGGCCUUAAAAAGGAUAAGGGUUGGUGUAUGACACCAGAUAAUAAUCCAGUUAGAAGGGAAAUGAAAUGCAGUUGUACAUUAUAGACCAGCUGUAAGCUGAUGUGAAGUUAAAGUGUACCACAGUGUGAUUCCUUUUUAGGGAUUCAGUGCGGUUGUUUGAAAGCACUGAGCAGUCUCAACCUGUUGAGUUAGCUACAUGAUGCACCGACUGAGAUUCCUCACUACAUUACCAAAGAGAAUGUCAAAGAGUAUGGGGUGACAUAUUUACCUUCACUGGGGGGGACAUGGAUCAUGUAGCAUUAGAUUGUCCAGGAUGCAUGAAACAACUGAAACAGUUUUUUUUUUUUUUUUCUCCAACACAAUCUGAGCCUCACCUUAUUAUGUGCUGUAUGAGGCUGAUUAUUAUGUACCUGCUUCAGGAGAAGUACUGAAACUUAGUAUGAUCAGGGCCAAAAUAAUGAGUCUUUUCAUGUGUACUGUAUUUCUGAUUUUAUCUCAUGUCUAUAUGUCUCAUUAGUAAUGAGAUGGUAUGCAUGUUUGUUUGUUUUUUAAUAAAUGUAUUUUUAUCAUUUUAAAUGUGUUACUAAAACAAUGGCUACACAUCC